AUGAAUUCGAGGACGGAUACGCGAGUGGACGGAUUGGAGAAGGCUGUAGCAGAGUUGAAGUGGCGGUCCCAAAGGAGGACAUAUCAAUUCGAGGAUUUGAGGACUACGUUAGACGAACUCAGACGGGAGUUUCGAGCUUCCCUUGCUGCACAUCUGAGGACCUCUCCCACACCCAGCAAUAAUACUGCGGCUACCCUACCCACGGUGACAGCCCCAUUGCUGCCCUAUAGUCCACCUACUCCUACACCAGCAACUCCACCUACACUGGCACCAAUGACAGCACCGCUGCUGUCCUCGUGCACUAUUAUGCCACAGUUUCAACCUUCCGUCUUGCCUCUGUUGCAACGUUGUGAUCCUGCGGCUGCUGCGGACCAUGCCAAACUCUUGGUUUCUUCUGGUCCGCCUACAACAACCAUGGUGUCAACACCACGGUUGUCCUCCAGCCCUAAUAUUCAGCUUCAGCCUUUGCGUGAUUUAGUUUUGGCUGCUGCCCACCAGUCUAUGCAGUCGAUAGUUUCCCUUCCGGACCCCCCAUAUGCAGCUGUUGACGCUCCAUUCUCCCAUCAGGCCAUGCUGUUAUUCCUUCAUAUAGUUGGCCAUCUUCUAUGGUUCAAUGCUCUGGCUACUACCCAAAAGUAUGAGUUUGAACCUCCACCAGACGAAGUACUUAGGGUCUAG